AUCCAACCCCACACCCCUACCCCAUCCCCAAACCCUCUCUAUAUAUACAGUCAUAGAUACACUUCCGUCAGAAAAUAUAGCUCAGCUCUCACACAUUCUAAACUACUCUGUUCUUCAGCAGCAGCAGCAGCUUUGGGAAUGAACAAAAUGAGGGUGUUUUUGGUGUUUCUUUGUUUGUGGGCUGCUGUUUCUGAAGCAGAGUAUCUCAAAUACAAAGACCCCAAACAGCCCUUGAAUACAAGAAUCAAAGAUUUGAUGAAAAGAAUGACUCUUGAAGAGAAGAUUGGGCAAAUGACACAAAUUGAAAGGAAAGUAGCCACCCCUGAUGUUAUGAAGCAGUAUUUCAUAGGGAGUGUGUUGAGUGGUGGAGGAAGUGUUCCUGCGCCCAAGGCUUCUGCUGCAGAUUGGAUGGAAAUGGUGAAUAAUAUUCAAAAGGGGUCUCUUUCAACUCGGCUUGGGAUACCUAUGAUUUAUGGGAUUGAUGCGGUUCAUGGCAACAACAAUGUCUAUAAAGCUACCAUUUUCCCUCACAAUGUUGGCCUUGGUGUCACCAGGGAUAAACAACUUGUAAAGAGGAUUGGAGCAGCUACUGCACUAGAAGUUAGGGCCACCGGAAUUCAAUACGCCUUCUCACCCUGCAUAGCUGUCUGCCGGGAUCCAAGAUGGGGCCGUUGCUACGAGAGCUACAGCGAGGAUCACACGAUUGUUCAGAACAUGACCGAGAUCAUCCCCGGUUUGCAGGGUGAUCUCCCAGCUAACUCUCAGAAGGGCGUUCCAUUUGUUGCUGGAAAGGAAAAAGUUGCAGCUUGUGCCAAGCAUUUCGUGGGAGAUGGAGGCACGACGAGGGGAUUAGACGAAAACAACACUGUCAUUGACUCGAAAGGACUGUUCAGCAUUCACAUGCCUGCCUACCAUGAUUCUGUCAGUAAAGGCGUUUCCACAGUUAUGGUCUCUUACUCGAGCUGGAAUGGCAAGAAGAUGCAUGCUAACGGCAAUCUCAUCAAUGGCUUCCUCAAGGACAAACUAAAAUUUCGGGGCUUUGUUAUAUCAGAUUGGGAGGGCAUUGAUAGGAUCACGAGUCCACCUCACCAGAACUACACUUAUUCUGUUCAGGCCGGUGUUCUUGCUGGAAUCGACAUGAUUAUGGUACCUGAGAAUUUCCAAGAGUUCAUCAACAGUCUGACCUCGCUUGUGAAAAGUAAUGCGAUCAACAUGACCAGGAUCGAUGAUGCUGUCCGUAGAAUACUAAGGGUGAAGUUCGUCAUGGGCCUAUUUGAGGAUCCCCUAGCCGAUCCCUCCCUAGCAAAACACCUUGGAAGCCAGGAACAUAGGGAGCUUGCAAGGGAAGCUGUAAGAAAAACACUUGUCUUGUUGAAGAAUGGCAAGAGCCCAAAGAGUCCAUUGCUUCCCCUUCCGAAGAAAGCACCAAAAAUUCUAGUUGCCGGUUCUCAUGCUGAUAACUUAGGAUUCCAAUGUGGAGGCUGGACUAUUGAGUGGCAGGGUGUUCAUGGAAACGACCUCACAGAAGGAACUACAAUCCUGGCUGCCAUCAAGAAGACGGUGGACCCUUUGACACAGGUGGUGUUCUCGGAGAAUCCAGAUGCAAGCUUUGUGAAGAGUGGAGGAUUCUCCCACGCCAUCGUUGUAGUAGGGGAGGUCCCCUAUGCAGAGAUGUUUGGGGACAGCACGAACCUAACCAUAGCAGAGCCUGGUCCAAGCACCAUAAAGAACGUGUGUGGAUCAAUGAAAUGUGUGGUGGUGGUUGUCUCCGGGCGGCCAGUUGUGCUGGAACCCUACAUUAAGCAAAUAGAUGCCUUGGUGGCGGCGUGGCUUCCGGGCAGUGAAGGGCAAGGGGUGGCUGAUGUGCUGUUUGGUGACUAUGGAUUCAGUGGGAAGCUUGCAAGGACUUGGUUCAAAUCUGUAGAUCAACUUCCUAUGAAUCUUGGAGAUGCUCAUUAUGAUCCUCUUUUCCCAUUUGGAUUUGGGCUUGUAACUCCACCUAGGAAUGCCUAAGGAUCAGAGAGUUAAGUAAAUUGUUAACGAUUGUAUUUUGUGUAUUACAAUUGUGAAGAGGAAAAUUCCUCAUGCUGGAUUGUUACUCUUCAUAUUUUGAGCUAUAUAUUGAACAUUUAUUUAAUUAUUUUAA